AUGAAGACCAGGAUAUUGGUUCUGGUGGUUUGCGGUGCUGCGUUUCUGGCGGAGCUGCAGUGCGCCUCGCCGAGGACCGCGCCGGGCGCGGAGCUCCUCACGCCGGGCGCGGAGCUCCCCACGCCGGGCUCGGAGCUCCCCACGUCGGGCUCCGGCCACAGCAGCGGCGGCGACGCCGGCGGCGGCAAAACCGAUUCAAAUCAAACGCUGCACUCCAGGCAGAAGAGGAAAACCCUGGCCGUGGACUUCGUGGUCCCGUCUCUGCUGCGCUACUACCUGGCGGAGUUCAUCAAGAGACCCCUGAACGGAGACUGCCUGACUUUUAAUGGCUGCUACGCGGUGCGCGCCAACUUGAAAAUGCAUUGCAUUCCCUUGCAGAAAACCAUCUCUACUUUCCUGCAGCCCAAGUCGGCUGCGGCCGAGGCGGCGGGGGGCUCCAACGCCUCCGGUGCUGGACAGCUCCCCUACCUCGACCACGUCGCGCCGCUGUCCAGAGUCCUGAAUCUGGGCUUGACUAAAGCCAGCCGCAAGUCCAAUCAGGUUGUGGUGGAAAUAGGAGAGGAUAUGGUACGAUCUGGAUGCGGGGGCCUGGCUGUGUACGAGGAGGCCCCGGUUCUGACACUGGAAAUGGACCUCAGCACUAUUUUGGAGUGGUGGUUGGGAGCUGAGGGGGGCCGACUGAGGGUCCGGCUCAUGCCUGAGAAGAAGGCUCAGGUCCCCGGGGUGGAGGACAAGUACACCGCGGCCAUACGGGCAGCGGACCCCCGCCUCUUCCUGCACAUAUCCUCCCCAGGCGAGCCAUUGGCGGGCCGGACUGCAGCCGGCAUCCCGAGAGGUUACUGGAACUUCUCCUGGGUGGCCGAGGAUGAGCUGCGUUUCCCCGAGGAGUCGAUGCCCGCAUCAGAUCACCGAUGCCCUGGCGUCGGCAAAACAUGUGACCAGCGCCUGAGGGCUAACCCAGAAUUCACAUGGAGUAUAGUGGCCCCCGAGGGGGAAGGAAGCGACAAGGCUGAAAAGAAGGGAGGAAGUCCCCAGGGGUGGGAGGAAGGUAAGACUGAAGGUCAGUUCCUCUGGGUGAACGGUUCGGUUUUCGGGGGUCCCUGGGUGCUGAGCCCCUGGCUGUGGGGGGGAUCGGGCCCUUGCGGACUGGACAUGGCUGUGUUCCUGCACCCGAAGCAGAGCGGGCGCUACACGGUUUGGCUGAUAGAGCGCGAAAAGCCGCUGCUAGCCCUCCUCUCCACCGACACCCUACCACGCAUCACGGGUGGAAGCAAUGAGACCAACAUCCUGGAUUCUGACCAAGCCAGUCGCUCUGCAGGCAGCACAGAGUCCUCGCCCCUCCCCAACAUCACACUGGAGGGCCAAUACCACUGUCACCAGGGACCCGGCAUCCCGCUGGACAAACUCUGUGACUUCAGGACAGACUGUCCUCUCGCCGAUGACGAAGGGGACACGUGUCGCCAGUUUCUCAAUGGCACUUACUGCUCUUUUGAAGAGGACGAGUGUGGCUGGCAGUCGACAGCGGGCCGUGGUUUCUACUGGAGGAGACAGUCUUCGGUCAAGGCCGCCAGACAGAGCUGCCCAUCACCAGGUUCUACAUUCAGCGUGGAAGGAGGUCAGUCUAAAGGCCAUCAUGGUUCAGCGAUACUGAGGAGCCCUCUGUUCCCUCCACCACUGAGGAACUCUCCAUGCACAGUGCGGUUCUGGGUGUGUUCCGGAGGCUUACAGAGGGGGGCGCUCUCUCUGUGGAUAGUGGAGAACAGCACCGGCCCGGAGGAGCAGCGCCAGCUGUGGCACUCGGCGAGCGAACCCAGAUCCGAGAGAGGCUGGAAAGUCGUCACACUUCCCCUUUACGGGCUGGCAGACUGGUUCUGGCUUCAGUUCAGCACAGAGGAUAGACCCGGCCCCGGCUCAGUUAUCUCCCUCACAAACAUCUCUUUCAGCAUGGACUGCUUCCUGGCCUCUAACGGUGAAUUCCCCCCGGUGGCCACAAGCACAACUCGACAGUCGCUCAGACCAACCAAUCAGAACAUCAAGACCACAACGCCAUCCGACAGGGGUCCCCUGGUGCACAUCCCAACUACAGAUGACUCCAAGAAAUGGAUAUUUCAUACCUGUGGGGCGGGGGGCCCCGAGGGUCCCACUCCAAGCCAGUGCAACAGCGCCUAUCGACACAGCAACGUCAACGUGACAGUAGGCACCAGAGGGCCCUUCAAAGGCAUCCAGAUGUGGCGUGUUCCAGACACCGACACCUACAGGAUCACCGCAUACGGGGCGGCUGGCGGCCGCAGCGUGCUGGCCAUGAAGAGGUCACAUGGUGUCUACAUCACGGGGGACUUCCUGCUCCGCAAGGGCGAGCUGCUUCACAUCCUCGUUGGACAGCAAGGAGAGGACGCCUGCCCGAAUUCUAAUUCCAUGCUGAAUAAAAUAUGCGUCGAACAGAGCGGCCCACUGGUCAACAAGACUCAAGUCAAAGGAGGCGGAGGAGGAGGGGGCGGCGCCACCUACGUGUUUAAGGUGGACAAGGACGUGUGCACCCCCCUCAUCAUCGCCGCUGGAGGCGGGGGCAGAGGCUACAGCAGCCGAUCGGAGACCCUGCAUGAGCGUUUGGACGAUGACCCGAACCUACCUGGACGCAAUGGGAAGUCACAUGCUGCAGGUGGAGGUGGAGGAUGGAAUGACACUGCCCCUGUCAAUCAGGGUGGGAGGCCCCUGGUUCUCGGGGGCCAAGGGGGCCAGGCCUGUCAGAAGUUCUGGCAGACCCGUGGGGGCUUCGGGGGCGGUGGCGGUGGCUGCAUUUCAGGGGGUGGCGGGGGAGGCUACAGAGGUGGCAACACCUCAGCAGAUAACAACCCCAUUCAGAAUGGCGAAGAUGGUUCAUCUUUUAUCAGUCCAGAGGGAAACACCUUCAUUGAUCCUCUGAAAGGCAUGGAAGGGGACGGUGAGGUGAUGAUAAACCUGGUGCAGAACUGCAGCCACUGUGAGACUGGGGAGUGCUACGAGGCAGGGGAAGGAACCGUCUGCUACUGCGACCCCGACCUCAUCCUCACCACGGACAAGGUGUCCUGCAUCAACGCCACAGAGGCUUCUUCCACGCCGUCUCCCCAGCAGUCUCUCUCCCACCUGGCUCUGGGGCUCUCGGUGGGCACCUCGGCCCUCAUUGCUGCCCUGCUGCUGGCUGUGUCAGGAGUCAUGAUAAUGUACAGACGCAAGCACACGGAGCUGCAGUCCAUUCAGCUGGAGCUCCAGAGUCCCGACUGCAAACUCAGCAAGCUGCGCGCCUCCACCAUCAUGACCGACUACAACCCCAACUACUGCUUUGCCGGCAAGACGGCCUCCGUCAGCGACCUGAAGGAGGUGCCGCGACGCAAUAUCUCCCUCACCAGGGGUCUUGGUCACGGCGCUUUUGGUGAGGUGUAUGAAGGACUCGCAGCUGGCAUCCCGGGUGAACCAAGUCCCAUGCAAGUGGCAGUCAAGACCCUUCCAGAGGUAUGCUCUGAGCAAGAUGAGUUGGACUUCCUCAUGGAGGCUUUGAUAAUUAGUAAGUUCAGCCAUCAGAACAUUGUACGCUGUAUUGGAGUCAGUAUGAAGGCCCUGCCCAGGUUUAUUCUACUGGAGCUAAUGGCUGGGGGAGACCUCAAGACUUUCCUGAGAGAGACCAGACCCCGGCUGGAUCAUCCAUCCAGCCUGUCCAUGGUGGACCUUCUCAACGUGGCCAGGGAUAUUGCCAGGGGCUGUCAGUAUCUGGAGGAGAACCAGUUUAUACAUAGGGACAUUGCUGCAAGGAAUUGCCUUCUGACCUGCAAAGGGCCAGGCCGCGUGGCCAAGAUUGGGGACUUUGGGAUGGCCCGGGACAUUUACAGGGCCAGUUAUUACCGGAAGGGUGGGCGCGCCAUGCUGCCAGUGAAGUGGAUGCCGCCUGAAGCCUUCAUGGAGGGCAUCUUCACAUCUAAAACUGACACCUGGUCAUUUGGGGUGCUGCUAUGGGAGAUCUUUUCAUUAGGCUACAUGCCAUACCCAAGCCGCAGUAACCAGGAAGUCUUGGAGUUUGUAACCAAUGGAGGAAGGAUGGACCCUCCUAAAAAUUGUCCUGGGCCAGUGUACCGUAUAAUGACUCAGAGUUGGCAGCACCAACCCGAAGACAGGCCGAACUUCUCGACUAUCCUGGAGAGGAUUGACUACUGUUUACAGGACCCGGACGUGGUGAACAUGCCGCUGCCCGUCGAGUAUGGACCCGUCCCCGAGGAGGAGGAGCGAGUGCCCAUGCGACCUGACAACCCCUCAGCUCCGUCCCUGCUGGUGGACACCCAGACACCUGACGGGGAGGGGCAAAUGCCGCCACCACCGCCUCUUCCACCGGCCUAUCAUGCCGAGGAGAAGCAGCGAGGCGGGGAGCCGGCUCUCCAGUCUUGCUCCCCUUCCCAGGCCAAAAGUCAGACAGCUGCACUGCCUCAGCCAUACCUCCACCAACACCAGCAACCCCAACCACAAACGACCUCCACCACCACUGCCACCAUCACGACUACCGCCACCUCCACGGCCUCCUCUACCCUCAGUACCAAGACACCUCACAUCUCCGCACAGCCCGGCACUGACGGGGGCCACAUCAACCUGGCCUUCUCCCAGGGCCUCCCCACAGAGAAGGACAGCCACAAUGGGAAGACCACCAGCCUGUGGAACCCCACCUAUGGCUCCUGGUUCCUACAGCAGCAGCAGAGGAAACAGCAACAGCAGCAAAGGCAGGGUGGCAGGGUUCCUGGCGAGGGGCAGGAGCACGUAGGCCGGACGGUAUCAGAGGCAGCGGGCGCUUUGGGUAUCCAGCACCAGCACAAGCAGCUACAGCAUCAGCUGCAACAGCAGCAUCAGCUCCAGCUGCUCCACCAUCAGCAGCAGCAGGGACUGUGCAGACCCCUUCUGCCCCCACCACCUCCACCCACCACCCAGUCGCCACUCCUCUUGGAUUCGGCAGCGCUGCCGCCAGUUCCCCUGUACAGACUGCGACGCUUCCCAUGUGGGAACAUCGGCUACGGCUACCAGGAACAUGGCCUGCCGCUGGAGACCGCCCAGGUCAACCCCAGCACCCCGUCGCCCCCAAACCAACCACCUCCGGGCACCACGUCCUCCUCGGGUCCCCUCCAAAGAGGCAAUUCGCUACCUGCCCCAGUUUCCCUGGGGCGCUCAGGCAUGACCGAGGAAAGCCGCCCACUGUUGGUCACCAUGGGAACGGUGCAGGACCCCAGGCUGCCCAGGAUGGAGGGCCAUAACGCCACCGUGCUUUAA